CUCCUUUUUCUUCCCCUCACUUUCCUACAAAACAAAUAUUCAACGCCGCGGUGAACUUCCAACAUAUGGCGUGCGAUAUAACAACACUUAUGGAAGGUCUUUCCUAGACUUCAUACCCACCAACUUCGUUCAGCCGGUACUAUUUCGGGUUUUCGCAAUACCUUUGUUCCGCUUAGUGAGCAUGGGUGGUGACGCUACUGUUUCGCGGUCACGGUCCUUCACUGGUUGCAAAACCUGUCGGACCAGACAUGCUAAAUGUGACGAAGGCAAGCCCGAAUGUGAGGUCUGCAAGCGGGUCGGUAUCACUUGUGAAGGAUACGAGCCACAAUUAUUUUGGAUUACCGAUGAUUCCGUCCCCGAUGUCUCCACAUCUACGGAGUUACGGAAGAACAACCGCGGAGCGGGCUUUAGGUACCCACUCUUUUCUGAAGGUUAUCGCCGUAAGAUGAGUGUGCGCAUGAGCGAGAGCAUGUGCAAGAGUUCUGCCACGGAAUUAUUACUCCAAAUAGACUCCAAAUGUGAAAGCUGUGAGGCGGGCCGCCUUUAUUCAGAGCAUAUCGUGCUUGGUCCGUUUAGUGUUUUCGAUGCGAAGCAUUCAGAGCCUAUUAUGGAUGUCUUGCCGUCAACCCCCGAUGACCCAGUUGGCCCGGGUUCUUAUGCAAUGUUCCUUGACACUUGCCAUAACCGAGAAGAGCAAUUCGAAGGAGCCGACCAGCAAAAUUGGGUCGAGUUCACCAGUGAAAUGAAUAUGGACAUGUUCCUAAGCCCUGUGGACCCCUCUUUGAAUAAUCAAUCCCAAGACCACCAAAAUUUGAUGGGGUUAUCAGGCUUAGAGGCUUCCAAUUUCUUGAAUCUGGAUUCCGAAUACGAAAUUGGAAUAGAACCAAUGAUUGACAAUGUGGCGACGGGCGGUAAUGAAAGUCUAGCUAAUCCUAGGCGCCAGGAAGGCGAAGACGACGAAGCAAGAGCAAUAAUACCAUUGACUCCAUCCCUUGGGAGUCAGGGUAUCAGGGAUUAUGACUCGUCUGGAACACUAGAUCAGGCGGAGCAUCUAUUGAGGUACUAUAAACAUCGCAUCACGCAGCCCACGUCUAGAAUCCAAGCUCAGCGAAAAUCGCCGUGGCAGAUCUUGUUUCUGCCUUGCGCGUUGGAGACUUUCGCUGAAAUAACUUUGUUUGGUCGUGCAUCUCAUACCCGCUCAGCUGUGUUAUAUUCUGUAUUAGCCAAUAGUGCUUUUCAGCUUCAUACGGCCACAUCCGAAAAGGCGGAUCCCAUAUCCUCUCGCUGGCUUGAACUGGGCACUAAACAUCGAGAUACGGCGAAAGACCACCUUCGCCAGGCUCUGCGGACCGAGAUGUACGGGCCAAACAAAUCGAAGUAUAAGGAACUACUGAUGGCUAUGUUAGGCUGCGCAAUAACAGUUCUUCGCGGGAAUGCUCAAACUUUUAAAUAUCUUCUUUUAGGCGCCGAACGUCUCAUCCGCCUUCGUGGUCUAGACUCGAAGAAAACUUUCAAAGUCCGCCUCCUUCACCACAUGUACACGUAUCUCCGCAUUAUGGCCGAGAGCACCGCGGCUGGUACAGAAUUCAAGGAGCAUCUGGAUGAGCAGUUCGAAUUAACGACCCCGUCUGCUGUUACACUACGCCAGUUCCACGUCGCUGAAGAGUCUUUGACCUUAGGCCUAGACCCAGAACAAGAAAAGGUAACGGACUUGGGGUAUAAUGACAUCCAUCUAGAAGUUCAAGGUACAUGGAAAGAGACUUUGUUUCCCACAAUCUAUGGGAUCCCCGAGUCUCUUAUCACACUUCUGUCCCAGGUAAUCUCGGCCGCAAACGGCAAAGCCAGAUUGGAAUCCAUCGCUCAAAAGGAUGCAGAUGUUUCUGCAGCAUUAGCGAGCCAUAUAAAAACACUAGAAAACAGUGUAUGGUCAUGGACCCUUCCUGCAGCGCAACUCGGACCGGCGAGACCCCAGACUGAUGAGCGCCAAGAUCUUCUCGAAAACCCAAACACAAGGUUCAUGGUCCUGGCGAUGCACCAAGCCGUCAUCAUCUAUUUUUACAGGCGUAUAUAUAACAUGAGCGCGAUGAUGCUGCAGCAUCUCGUAAAGCAGACGCUCGAUUACUUGCAACCUUGUGUAGAUGCGGGUAUCGAGGACGAGGACUUUGCUGCCAGUAUUGCUUGGCCCGCAUUUAUUGCUGGAUGUGAAGCAACCUCACCCGAACUCCAAGCUCGCGCGCAGGAAAGCAUCUCUAUCAUAGAAAGUAGAGCCGCCGUCUUCACCCCCGAGCCUGCUAGUGUAGUCAUCGCCAAGGUAUGGGAGCAGCGGUGGGACACAGGAGAUUGGACACUGAGCUGGCCUGCUGUGGUGCCACCUGCUAUAACUUGAAACGGAUAUAUCCUACAUUAAAUUAGUUCAAAGAAUUUAAACCUAUCUGGAGAUGUAUACCCACGCCGUAAAAGCUGGCGGCUAACAGUACUCGAUCUUAUGGCCG